UCAACCCAUUGUGCUUCACUUUCCAUAGUAUUUUGUUUUUUUUUUUUACAAAAACAUCCUUCCUCCAUUUCAGACCAAACAAAACAAAGCAAUGAAGCCAGUCUUCACCAUUAUGUCGGCAUUAUUACUUGCCGUCAUCGCCACCGUCAACAGCUGCCCUCCGUCAGACAGGGCGGCGCUGUUAGCAUUCAAAGCAGCUCUCCACGAACCAUACUUAGGAAUCUUCGAUUCAUGGACCGGCACCGAUUGUUGCCACAACUGGUACGGCGUUAGCUGCGACACUGAGUCACACCGAGUCGCCGACAUCAACCUCCGUGGUGAGUCCGAAGACCCCAUUUUCGAACGAGCUCACCGGACCGGUUAUAUGACCGGUUUUAUCUCACCGGAAAUUUGCAAGUUGACCCGUCUUUCAAGUAUUACUAUAGCUGAUUGGAAAGGAAUAACUGGUGAGAUUCCUAAAUGUAUCAGUACGUUGUCGUUUUUACGAAUCCUUGAUUUAGUCGGUAACAAAAUCUCGGGAGAAAUUCCUUACGAUAUCGGGAAAUUGAACCGUCUCACGGUUUUAAACAUCGCCGAUAAUCAAAUAUCCGGGAGAAUCCCAGCUUCGUUAACGAGCUUAUCCAGUUUAAUGCAUCUCGAUUUGAGAAAUAACAAAAUCUCGGGUCCGAUCCCUAGACGUUUCGGUCGACUCGGAAUGUUAAGUCGAGCAUUGUUGAGUGGGAAUCAAAUAAGUGGACUGAUCCCCGGUUCGAUAUCUCGAAUUUAUCGUCUCGCAGAUUUGGACCUCUCGAUGAACAAAAUAUCGGGAUCGAUACCUGCUUCACUCGGGAAAAUGGCGGUACUUGCUACAUUGAAUUUGGAUUGUAACAAAAUAUCGGGUACGAUACCACCAACUCUUUUGACUUCUUCUAUUGGAAACUUGAAUUUGAGUCGAAACGGGUUAGCGGGUAAAAUACCGGAUGUUUUCGGGCCGAGAUCUUAUUUUACCGUGAUCGAUUUAUCAUAUAAUAAGCUUUCGGGUUCAAUUCCGAGAACAUUGACGGCGGCGUCUUAUAUCGGUCACCUUGAUGUGAGUUACAACCACCUUUGCGGGCGGAUUCCUGCCGGAGCUCCGUUCGAUCAUCUCGAAGCAUCGUCAUUUUCUCAUAACCAUUGUCUUUGUGGAAAACCACUUAGAGCUUGUUGAUUAAUUAAGUCGUUAAUAAUGUCAUUAAUUAUAAUUAUAAUUUUAAUUUUAA